AUGAAAGCUAUUGCUAUUAUGUCAACAUUUGAGUCAUUUGAGUUUGUUUUCAUGUUACACUUGAUGUCAGAAAUAUUUGGACAAACGGAAAAAUUAUGUCAAGCAUUGCAAAGAGGGGACCAAGAUAUUGUUAAUGCCAUGUCAUUUGUCUCUUUAACUAAGGAUCGAUUGCAAAAGUUAAGAGACCAUGGAUGGGAAAGAUUUUUGGAGAUGGUUACUUCUUUUUGUGCUAAAAAUGAGAUUGAUGUUGUUGAUAUGAAUGAUUUGUACAUUCCUCGUGGAAGAUCAAAACGCUUCUUUGCCAAAGUUCCAAAUCUUCAUCGUUUUCGGGUUGAAAUGUUUCUAAGUGUUAUUGAUUUGCAACUUCAAGAGCUUAACAAUAGGUUUGAUGAGAAAAAUAUGGAGUUGCUUAUAUGUAUGUCUUGCUUGAAUCCUAUCAAUUCAUUUGAGGCCUUUGAUACACAAAAGUGGCUUAGGCUUGCCGAGUUUUAUCCAAAAGAGUUCCCAUGUAAUGAUAUGACAACACUUCGACAUGAACUUCAAUAUUUUUAUGAUGACAUGAAAAAAGAAGCAAGGUUUGGAGGAGUGAAUGAUAUUAAUGAACUUUCUAUGAUGCUUGUUGAAACAAAAAAGCAUCAUUCUUAUAAACUAGUUUACUUGCUCAUAAUACUAGUAUUAAUUCUUCCGGUGGCAACGGCAAGUGUGGAACGAGUCUUCACUUCAAUGACUUAUGUGAAGAACAAAUUGCGGAAUAGUAUGGGUGAUCAACUAUUGAAUGAUAGCUUAGUCACAUUUCUUGAGAGAGAUCUUUUUGUUCAAGUUAGUGAUGAUGAUGUAUUAAAAUGUUUUCAAAGUAUGAAAACUCGUAGGAUGCUUCUGUAA